UCUGUAUGUUCUAGAGAGUAUUUAAUUGGACAAACACAAGAUUAGUACAAAGAUGAGUCAUUGAAAUUUUUUAAAUUGUUAAAAAAAAAAAAUGUUUUACUGAUAGAUGGGAGGACGGUUUGUCGAAACAUCAGCUGUAGCAUCGCCUCCUGAGGGAUAUGGGAGUAUCUGGAAACCAGCGGAAGGGCCUGAAAGACCUGGUUGAAGAGCUAGAGAAGAGCAGAUUUUAGCUCUGGGUAAGGAGAAAGGAGAUGUUUUGGGGUUAAAGGAGUGAAAUGUUGUUGAGCGGUGGUACCCGUAGCGGACCUAUGGGCACCAGAGGAGGUGCGACAUGCAAUAAUGCUAUAGCGUGUCAAAAUCUAUUUAAAAUGUGUAAAGUGUACUUUCGUAUUAGUCUUCUAAUCAUUACAAACAAUAAUGGACCUAUACAAAAACAAACAAACAAAAAAAAGCUCUAAAACACCAGCUUUGAUUUCAGGGCCACUUUAAGGGUCAAAUACUCGAUCUGACCGCCAGAUGGCGACAUCAACAAAAAAUAAAAGGUCAUAACUUUAACCAUGAAAUGACCAUGAGAUCUGCAAUAACCUACUUUCAGACUGCGCCUCGGUAAUGUUGGUUGGGGAUAAAGAUUCCCGAGCAGCCGGAGAGAAGAGCGCUUACAGCAAACAAACUAAACAAAAACUAAACAAGAAAAUCCAGACAUAUGCAGAUGUGUUCAGUGAGGGACUGACUGGAGGGAGUGCGACAUUUCGUGGUUCUGUGUAAUAACCCGAUUGGGUUACAGGGAUGAACUUUGGAGACUCGGAUAAGUCCGUGAGAUCAGAGCUGAGCUGCGUGCUGCUUUCCCUUUCUUAUUCUGCACAUCUGCACAGCUUCACAUCUGGACUGAGAGAGAGAGAGAGAGAGAGAGAGAGAGAGAGAGAGAGAGAGAGAGAGAGAGAGGAACCUGAGGUGAGACAAGAAGACUGAGAUUUCUAUGCAUCUGUAAUCUGGGUUCUUUUUCCAGCAGGAUUAUGUCAAGAGGGAGAUCAGAAGUCGUCCAUGAGUGAGCUGUGCCUCAUCACCUGGUCACCGGCUGAACUUCGCCGUCCACUGCCGUCCUCUUGAUUUUCCUCUUUCAAACCAAUGCAACAUUUUGCGGAUCAUGGGAUGCAUCAAAUCCAAGUGCAACAAGCCCACGCAGAACUCCAGCACGGUGGAGAAGGUGGACGGCGGGCCUGGGAAGAAGCGAGAGGAGAAGGCUUUCCUGGUGUAUUCGGAAGCGGCGCCGGACCGGGACACGGCGCAGGUCAACCCGGUCCUUCUGGACUACGCACAGAGACUCUCGGAGGAGAUCGUGGCUCGGGCCGUGCAGCAGUGGGCCGAGGUGGACAGCCGCUACAGUGACAUCCCGUACAUCGAGUGUGACUUGCCUUGAAGGCCACUACAUCACGUGUGCUUUUCCCAAGGUCCAGAAGCACAGCUUGGCCUGAUGAAGGCCAGUGAUGUGAAUGCAGUGUUGCUGCACCAUGUGAAUGCAGAAGAAAUUUGAUGUUUGGAUACCUUUUGUAAGUGUAUAACGUUUGUGUGGGAAGGAGCACUGUGGCAGCAUUGAGGCUUUUCCGUCUGUAAAAGCACAAAAGUACAAAAAGAAAGUGCUAGCAAAGCAUUAGUACGCCUCGGAAGGUUUUGAUUUUCCCCUUAAUCACUGAGACGUGUCAUAUCCAUAGCCUGAAUUUGUACAGGGCAAGCCAAGAGCAAUGUCCAGAGACCAAAAUGGCAUCGAUCCCAGAGAUGCUAUAAAUAAGCCCAGACCGUGAUCCCUGCGUUUGCUCGGCUCGACAUGCCCCCCCAGUGUUCACAUUGCUGUGGGAAAUUCGAAAGCCGUGUCGUGUCGUUACGGCGGUCUUAUAAGAUUACUUGUUAAACUGUACGAGAUCCCAAGGAAAUGGCCGUAUUCUUUAACAGACCGCGUGAUAACGUGUCAAGGUUACGGCGUGACCGGCGGUUAAAUUAAAGUAAAUAAAAGUUCUGCUUACGUCGUCAAUCGGACAUUUUUGAAAGUGAGCUUGAGGAUAUUUUUCUAUCCGCUAACAUGGUUUGUUUGUGUUUCGUCAUCGCGACUAGCGCAGUUUGUUGUAGCCGUCCCGUACAUUUUUGUGUCGUCCUACGCCUGUAUGGAUUUCAGACGAGCGUCUCUGCAGCGCCUCAAUGGCAUUAAAUCUGAGAGCGCUUCAAAUCGUGCAUUCUAAGACCACCUCACAACCAAAGAAUUUGUUUUCUUUUAACGCGCUGCACGAAGUGGAGCGCGUUUUUAAACAUGGCUACAUGCCAAAUUUUGUCCAUAGGUCUUUUUUUUGUGCUUGUUGAAGUUACUAGCCAGCCGGGCAACUACAAAAGCUAACAUCGCGGACGUUAAAUGUAUUCGUCCACUGAAAUAAAUCACGUGUACUGUAGACAUAGGUAGCCGCGUUUCCACCAACAUUCCGGAACCUCUCGGGGGGAAUUAAAAAGAUUCCUGGACGAGUUCCUGCUUAGCAUUUUUAUUUUUAACGUGCUCUUCAAGUCCAUCGCGACCUUUCGGGAGUGUCCUGACCCAGCCAUGAGAAUGCUUUCUAUUGGUUCUCCUUUUGUCAGAGAAGUUCUUAAAUGCUAUCUCAAAAAAAUAUCUAAUAAUAUAAUCUAAAAAGUAUGACCAUUUUUGGAAGAUAUUUUGCUAAAACGUCCCCUACAGUAUAUUUGGAGUCUUUUGAGACACCCUGUACAUGCAUCUAAUAUUAACCAAGUCAAACAUUCACUUUUAGAUUUGUGGGUGGGAGAAGGGGGUGGAGCUUCCAACUUGGCGUCGGUUAAUAUCGGAGCGUUCAAAACACCUACGCAACUGUCAAUCGUUCCAGAUUCUAAAUAUAAUUACAGCACUAUUUUAUUUCAUUUCCUCUAACUUUACAUUAUUAAUGCUUUAUCGCUCUAUGCUACAUGUACCUAGCCAAAUUCUUAGCCUCGGUAACACGCUAGUUCAUACAUCGCAUCGUCCGCGUUCUCGUGAUUUUGCGUUUGGCUUCAGAUUACGAGGUACAAAAAUCGCAAACUGCUAUCUAAACCCACCGUAAAAUGGGUUUCCUCAGAAAGUCCAGAGUUUCUGAAAUGGUUCUCUGUGGUGGAAGUGCACUUGUGGACAGGAUGAAAUUUUGAAAAUCAUGUAAAGUGUGUGUUCUGUACCGAUAUGACGUGAGAUAAUCGGCUCAUUAGGAUCAGAGAAGGCAAGUCUUUUUCAGUCAUGCAGCUCAAAAACAUACCAUCCUCACGUCAGAGGGAUUUAUGCCGGUUUUCAAAGAGCUACGUUUGACUGACGGAACUAGUCUGUAGGUACUGGAUAGUACUAACUAAACUGCUGACCACGUGAGACCUUUAACGAGUGGUAACAAGCACAAUCCGCCCUGUCGUGUGGGCAUUUAGACCACUGAUGUGAGCUCUACAAGCGUAUAACCAAAUCGUUUAACUGACGCCCCUUUAAACCCAGCUGUCUACAUCAACCUUAAGUGUUGCCACAGAAUUCUGGAGACGUUUAAAAAUGUUUAUACAGUGCGACACCUCGAUGGAAUCUAAUGGAAUAAUAAACGUGGAGAUGAAGUGUUA